CACGAGUCCCUACGCCCGCCACACCCUCUGGUCCACGCUGGUGGCCGGGGUGUACAUGAUGAUUUCCUUCCUCGCGAUAACGCAGUCCCAGUACCAGCGGUUUGCAUCCGUCCCGACGCUCGCCCAAGCGCAGACGUUAGCUUUGUUGUUCCUUUUGGGGUUGGCGCUGCUGUGGGGCACCUUCUACGUCUCGGGCCUUGUCGCCUACGCAGUCUACAGCGACUGUGACCCCCUGAACCUGGGCAAGAUAGAGAAGGCAGAUCAGAUCAUCCCGUACAUGGUUAGUGACAAGUUGGGCCACCUGACGGGAAUGCCUGGCCUCUUCGUAGCAGCUGUGUACGGAGGCGUGCUCAGGUAAGGGACACAUGGCUUUUUAUGACGGUAUUGACGCGGCAUCGAGGUUAUCCUCUGUUGAUAACAAAUUAUUAAAUUUAGCGCUGUCUUUCGAGUAAGUUCCGCAGAUGUUCUCCUUGUCAAACUUGAAUCACGGGAUACAAGAUUGUAUUUAAUCUACAUAUCAUUUGCAUACAAAUCAAGAUCUCCCUGCUUCCCAACUUAACUCCACUCCCCCCCUUCCCGUCUCUUUCUCUCGCUCUCUCCCUCCCUCUCUUGUUCCUUCUA